CGCGCGUCUUACAGCGUAUGCACGCACGCGCGCGCGCGGGCACGCAGACGGAGGCAGCACAUGAACAUGGGAGUGGAAAUAGAAAGCAUCACUCCUGGUGACGGAAGGACUUUCCCCAAAAAGGGGCAGACUUGCGUGGUGCAUUAUGUCGGUUCUUUGACGGACGGCCGCAAGUUUGACUCGUCUCGAGACAGAGACAAACCCUUCAGGUUCAAGAUUGGCAAACAGGAAGUGAUCCGAGGCUGGGAGGAGGGUGUGGUGCAGAUGAGCGUGGGCCAAAGAGCCAAACUGACGUGUUCUCCGGACUACGCGUACGGAAACAAAGGCCACCCGGGCAUCAUCCCCCCCAACGCCACCCUCGUUUUCGACGUGGAGCUGCUGGCUUUGGAGUAAAUAUGAACGUCUUCUAUGAUUUUCCGCUGCUGCCUGGAAAAAAGUUGACUGUUUCAAGAAGAGGAAGAAGAAGCAAGGCAUUUCCACAAUAUUGAUACAACACAUUUUAUAACAACUCCAGUCUUCAAAUGAAAGUGCAUGCGGUAAAGUACACGUACAUUACUACCAGUAUUACUACUAUUAUUACUUUUAUUGCAAACAUAUUUAUACAAGCACAAUACAUUUAGCAUUGGAAGUACCACUGUACAGUAUGUACAGUAAAGCAUGUGUGUAGUAAGCACAUACUUUACUGUAUAUUGUGUACACAUUCUUUUUAGUGCCAGUACACGAAUGCCGUAUGUUCGAGUCCCGCUCCUGAAAACUUAGCAUAAUUUUGCCUUUUUUUAAAAAAAUGGAUUUUCUCUCUUUCUUACAAGUUCAUCGGAAAAAAACAAAACACAAAACUAUCAACAAUCAAAUGUGUAUUUGUCUUAUGGCAGUAUUACAAAAGUACAUCAUUGACGAUGUAGUACCUAUGUAGUUGUGUGUGUAUGCAGGAUAAAGCAAUGAUGGCAUAUCUUAAGAAAAACAAUAAAAACAUGCAAUUGUCUUAAA